CGUUGCAGUCACUUCGCUUCUGCUGCUAAAAUGUUGCUCCAUUUCGUUGGCUUUUGGUUGCUGCUCAGCGUCUGCCUGUUGCACGUAGCCUCCCAAGAGAACUCAACUGUGGCGGGAAACGCAACAGAAACAAAAAUUAUAAUGGUGAGGCAGCUACACAAGAAGGACGAACAGAAGAAGGACCUGCUGAAUAUGGUCAUACACAAGGUGCUGCCGGGUGAUCCCUACUACCGCGUGUUUGAUGGCGACCAAGCCAAGGCACGCAGCUACACCAACAAGAUCUGGCAACGUCUGCUGAAUCGUUACGACUCGAUGCUGAUAUGAUUUAAGUCAAGUUUAUUGAAUGCUCAUUUGUGUCAAGUGAUUAUAAUAAAGCCAGAGCUGAAGUGGGAUUCAUC